AUGGAUCACGACCUGCUCCUCCUCCUCCUCGCCUCCCUCGCCGCCGUCGUCGCCGCCACCGUCUGGCACCUCCGCGGCCAUGGCAGCGGAGCCAGGAAGCCGAAGCUGCCGCUGCCGCCGGGGCCGAGGGGGUGGCCAGUGCUGGGCAACCUGCCGCAGCUGGGCGACAAGCCGCACCACACCAUGGCGGCCCUCGCGCGCCACCACGGGCCCCUCUUCCGCCUCCGCUUCGGCAGCGCCGAGGUCGUCGUCGCCGCCUCCGCCAAGGUCGCCGGCAGCUUCCUCCGCGCCCACGACGCCAACUUCAGCGACCGCCCGCCCAACUCCGGCGCCGAGCACGUCGCCUACAACUACCAGGACCUCGUCUUCGCGCCCUACGGCGCCCGCUGGCGCGCCCUCCGCAAGCUCUGCGCGCAACACCUCUUCUCCGCCCGCGCCCUCGACGCCCUCCGCCAGGUCCGCCAGGACGAGGCCCGCCUCAUGGUCACCCGCCUGCUCUCCUCCUCGGACUCGCCCGCGGGCCUGGCCGUCGGCCAGGAGGCCAACGUCUGCGCCACCAACGCCCUCGCGCUGGCCGCCGUCGGCAGGCGCGUCUUCGGGGACGGCGUCGGCGAGGGCGCCAGGGAGUUCAAGGACAUGGUCGUGGAGCUCAUGCAGCUCGCCGGCGUCUUCAACAUCGGCGACUUUGUGCCGGCGCUCCGCUGGCUCGACCCGCAGGGCGUCGUCGGCAAGAUGAAGCGCCUCCACCGCCGCUACGACCUCAUGAUGGACGGCUUCAUCAGCGAGAGGGGCGACAGGGCUGACGGCGACGGGAAUGACCUGCUCAGCGUCAUGCUGGGGAUGAUGCGGCAGUCGCCGCCCGCCGCCGGCGAGGAGGACGGGAUCAAGUUCAACGAGACUGACAUCAAGGCUCUCCUCUUGAAUCUGUUCACCGCUGGGACGGACACGACAUCAAGCACGGUGGAAUGGGCACUGGCGGAGCUGAUACGACACCCAGACGUCCUCAAGAAGCUCCAACACGAGCUCGACGACGUUGUCGGAAAUGGCCACCUCGUCACAGAAACCGACCUGCCGCAACUCACCUUCCUCGCCGCCGUCAUCAAGGAGACGUUCCGGCUGCACCCGUCGACGCCACUCUCCCUUCCUCGGGUGGCCGCCGAGGACUGCGAGGUGGACGGCUACCGCAUCCCCAAGGACACCACCCUGCUCGUCAAUGUGUGGGCCAUCGCCCGUGACCCGGCCUCAUGGGGGGAUGACGUCCUAGAGUUCAGGCCCACCCGAUUUCUUCCAGGUGGGUUGCACGAGAGCGUGGACGUCAAGGGAGGCGACUAUGAGCUCAUUCCUUUCGGGGCGGGUCGAAGGAUAUGCGCGGGCCUCAGCUGGGGCCUUCGGAUGGUCACACUCAUGACUGCCACGCUCGUGCACGCGUUCGACUGGACCUUGGUUGAUGGCAUGACACCUGAAAAACUCGACAUGGAGGAGGCCUAUGGUCUCACCUUGCAGCGGGCCGUGCCGCUAAUGGUUCAGCCCGUGCCGAGGCUACUGCCAUCGGCGUACACAAUGUGA